AUGGAUCUCUCCAAGAGAGAUCAGAAAUCGAAAAUCGUACAUGAUUUGCCACACCCUGGCCAAACAUUUCCCUCUGAGAUUAGUGAGGAUGAAGAGUGUCCUGUAUGCUUGGAUCCGAUACUUCCAACUAGCACCAUAGGGACCAUAAAAUCAUGUGAACACUAUUACCAUGAGUCCUGUAUCAGCACAUGGUCUCUGCACUCCAAUUCAUGCCCUACUUGCCGUAGGUUAUACCGUAAGGUAGAGGUGCUGGUGAAGAAUAGACCUAACCAUAAACUCAAGAUUGUCACUGUGCAGGAUCGAAUCCCUGCUAAUGAUGCUAUAGAGAGUAUUCCGGCUGAGUACGUUCAAAGUGCUAGCAGCUCGGCGGUAGCAGCUUCUUCCUUCCCUCCCAUAUUUGCCGACGCUGAGCCUAACGCUGCUAGCAGCAGUACCCCGGCAGACUAUGCUGGAUCUGUUUGUACCAUCUGUACAAGCUCCCAGUAUAGACCGACUUGGAAGAUGAUGACCUGCACACAGUGCCUUUCCAGCUUCCAUAGUAGAUGCCUUGGUAUCCGUGCCAGUAUUGAUAUAUGGUACUGCCCCAUGUGUGACAGCGAACAGGUGGCACCUCCCAUGGUGCCCAUAGCGUCGGCUGGUACGUCUAUUAGAAGCUUAACGUCUAAUGUUGGAGAUCUGAGGAGGCGCCGUGCAACUCCAUCGCUAAACUCUCGAAUUACCGAAGCUGUGUUCAGGAACCCGGCUUCUUCUUCUUUAUAUAUUGGGAGCACCGCUACGGCUGCAUCGUCUUCAGGUUAUGUGAGACCCGCAACUGCUUCACGCCGCAGGCCAACUGGUUUGGUCAUAUUCAACAACAAUAACGAGCUUGAUGACGAUUUCGAUCUGGUAGACGAUGAGCCUCGCAUGGAAGAAACACCUACUCUGCUGGUAUUCAAUGGGGGUGUUUUACGUAGAAGGGAAUUAAGACAGAAAGAAUUACUCUCGCAAGAAGAGUCUCAGUCUUGGGACAGUUUCGAGCGGGCCAAGGAGAUAACAAGCACUGAAGUCAUAGCGCAAGGCCCCGAACCAGAACUCACACCUUCAGGUUCUAAUAGUUUAGAAGUGAAAGGGGAGGAAGUCCCCAAGCGUAGACGUCGUCGGAAGAUCACUAGGAAACCAGAAGAAGAACUAAUCAAUGAGACGGAUACCCACAAAACGGCUAGCAAUUCUGGUAAUUCACGAAUCACACAGCUAAUUAAUCAAAUGAAAUCCUCAACACAUCCCAGGGCUUUAUCUUCUUCGCACUUGCACCCAAAUUUAUCGACAAAUUCUAGUAUAGCUUCUUCUGCUCAAGACAGCAGUGAUGGAUCUCCACAUUCUCUAAGCCCUGAGUUUAUUAUGGUUGACAGUGAUUCAUCAUGUCCCUCAGAGGAGGACUUGGCUACUAAAAGAGUCUGUAGAUCGGACGCAGUAUCGAGUUCAACCGGUCCACUUUUGCCUGUAACGCCAGAGAUAAGUUUGGACGAGAAGAAUCUAAUACAAUUUCACAUAAGAAACCACUUGAGGCCCAUGUACAAACCGGACUCUCCGGCUUCAGACUGUUUGAUCACAAAAGAAAGUGACUACAUUGAAGUGAACAAGAACCUUUCCAGGCAGAUUUACAAACAAAUUCUUGCUCUCCCCAAGAAGGAAACCAUAUUCCAAGAUCCGAAUGCAUUACGAAACUUGAUUGACGAUGCUCUUUUUAAAUGGAAGGCGGAAUUCAGAGGCACGGUUGCUGGCUCGUGA